CCUCCCCCCGCCCGGGAGCGGUUCCGGGUCGCGGAGGCGGGAUCUGCGGCGGCACCGGCGGCGACAUGCGGUUUCGCUUCUGCGGGGACCUGGACUGUCCCGACUGGGUCCUGGCCGAGAUCAGCACCUUGGCUAAAAUCUCCUCGGUGAAGCUGAAGCUGAUCUGCGCCCAGGUGCUGCGGGACCUGCUGGGAGACACCAUCGAGUAUGAGAAGAUCCUCAAGCUGACCUCUGACGCCAAGUUAGAAUCGGGGGACGUGAAGGCGACCAUCGCCGUCCUCGACUUCAUCCUCUCCAGCGCCGCCAAGCACAACGUGGACAGCGAGUCCCUGUCGAGCGAGCUGCAGCAGCUGGGGCUGCCCAAAGGGGCCCCUCCGGGUGCUUUACCGGGGGUUUGGUCGCAGUUUGGUUUUCUUGUCUCUCCCGCCGGCGGGGCAGAGCAUGCCAGCGGGCUGUGCCGGUCCUAUGAGGAGAAGCAGAGCUCCCUCCAGGACAGCCUGAGGGCCUCCAGCCUGAGACUGAGCCAGCUGGGCUCGGUGUGCUGGCGGGUGGACUACACCCUCAGCUCCAGCGAGCUGCGGGAGGUCAACGAGCCCCUCGUGCACCUGACCUUCAACGUGCGGGACGGGGAGCGCGGGAGGACAGCGGCCAUCCCCAUGGCCCUCUCGGCUGACAAGUUCCGGGUGCUGCUGGCGGAGCUGAAGCAGGCCCAGGCGCAGAUGAACAGCCUUCUCUGAGGAGAGCCGGGGGAAGGGGCGAUGGCUGGGCGGCAGGACAGGACCUGGUGCGCCCGGCUGGGCCCGGGUGCUGGCCGGCUCGGGGAGGGGGGGGAAGCCGGGGGGGGGCGGCGAGCGAGGCCGGUGUGGGGGCUGUCCCUGUCCCCCAGAGGACGCGCCAAUAAAGGUGACGGUGACAAAA